AUGAGGAAAAGGAUGGAGGGAAGUAGUAGGGGCGGCGACUGGAAGAGCUCUUGGAAGACGACAAUCGAACGACCUGGUGGAAGAAGGCGACCGGAGACGGCGACCGGAAGAGCGACGAUCAUAAAUCCGAUGUAUAAAAGGAUAUCGGUUCUCAUCCACCAUGGGAAACCCAUCUCUGAAUCCAACAUCAUUGUCCAGUACAUCGAUGAAGCCUGGCAAAACAAGCAUCCGCCAUUGUUGCCUUAUGAUCCUUAUCUCAAAGCCCAAGCCAGGUUCUGGGMUGAUUUCGUUGACAAGAAGAUAAAUGAUGGUGCGAGGAGGAUAUGGAGCACGAAAGGAGAAGAGCUGGAAAAGGCAAAGAGGGAGUUGAUAGAGUGGCUGAAGGUGUUGGAAUGGCAGCUUGGGGAUAAGGCGUAUCUGAUGGGGGAGAGGUUUGGGUAUGCAGACAUUGCGAUGGUGCCUUUCUACUGAUGGCUUCAAGUUUGAGAAUCUUUAGGCAAUGUUUUGAUCAAAAUGAAGAAGAGAUGUGGUGUGAAGAGAAGAAAUGGAUGUUAGAUCUGAGAACAGUAGUGUGCAGGUGGUGAGGUGGGCCAAGAUACCAACCCAAGUGAUUCAAAGAACCAGCAUUUUGAUU